CUGUCCGAAUAUAAAACAGUAAAAUGCAAGCACAAGUGUGUGUUUAAAUUCCAAGAAUAAAUAGACAGUUGUGGCGUUGGUUAAUGUAUGUAUUAAAAUAUUUUCUCAAUUUAAAAACAAAAAAUAUUAAAAGUAAAAUAUAAAAAAAAAAAUAAUUUACCUGUAAUGUGUUCUCGAAAUAAUUAACAAGCUAAUUUUCAGGUACAUCCAUCAUUAAUUAGCACCAAGCACAAUUCCAUCCAAACACCUCAUCAGCGCCAUAACCUCAAACCCUAACCUCGUUCCUCAGUCAGAAUUUUUGUUUACAUAAAAUUUAGAACGAAUUGCUUAUCGUAGCUGGAUGAUAGAAUGGCUGCUAUGUGUUUAGAUAUGCGACGAGCACGUAAAAAUGACCUCCGGUCGCGGAACGCGAGCAGUCAUCCCUCCGGAUCUGGGCAUCACCCCUCAGAUUACGCUGAGGAGGAGAAGCAACGCCGAAGACACGAGUGGAUGCUCGAGCAAGAAAAGAAGCGCGAGCACGAACGUCGCAAGCAGAUUAUGAUCCAGCAGUACGAAGCGCGUCGGGCUCACGAGUUGGCUUUAAGGAACGCUCACAGAUCCUCGCACCGGGCUCGCACUAGAAGCCAAAGCCGAAGCCGUAGUUUCUCCAGCAGCAGAAGUCGCGAAAGAAAACGCACCCCCAGUCGCAGCAGAAGUCGCAAUAAAAGUACCCGGAAUCGCGACAGGAGCAGAAGUAGAAGCAGCAGAAGCAGGUCUUCCGAUCACUCACGCAAGCAGCGAGUUCGCUGUAAUGUUUCUAAAACUUUAGUUAUGGCCAAAAGCGCUCCAGUGUUUAAAGGACCAGAAAUAUCGCCGAUACCUUUAGCAGAUUUGAAGAAAAUAAAAAUUGACAUCCACCGGCAGAUCCCGACGACUGUACCACAACCUGAAAAACUUGAACGGGAUAUAUUAAAUCCCGAGGAUAUUGUAGUUGCACGCAAAGACGGUAAUUUUAUAUCAUCAAGUGUAUUAAUUAUAUUUCCUACAGAUUUUUUAUUGAGGUAAUGUUUGAAAUAUGUUUCAACACUGAAGAUUUUGAAAGUACUCUGGACGACAACUGGAAGAUUAAUAUGUUAAAGACUUUGAGAUUUUGUUAUUAAUGACUUUGAAUAAUACUAUUACUUUCUGAUGUAGGAUACGAAUUAUCCGAGAUCACAACUACUAGACCACUACGUGGCGUCGGAGUUUGAUCACACGAAUUAGUAACAGCAAUUUUUGUGAAGGAAUAAUUCCAAUAUUCGAUCGUCCAGAACUCAAGACCACUGGAAUAUCAACACCCGAAGUUAAAGAGCUCCGUACGAUAAUUUCGGUGCAAAAUGGCAAGAGACGCUCCUCUAGAAGACGCUCAUCCUCGUCAUCUUCAAGCCGACACCGCCGAUCACCGAGCUCUAAUCGCCGUUCGUCGAGCUCAAGCCCUAGGCACCGCCGAUCUCGAAGUCCUCGUCGGGAGUCUAGGUAUAAAAGCUCAAGGUACGAAAAAAAAUCUCGCCAUAAUUCGAAAUAUAGGGAACAUAGUCGAGAUCGUAAAAAUGAUGACAAGCCAAGAAGUCGAGACCGUCAUCGUUUAAGUGAAGCUGGUUCUCGAGACAACAGACGCCACGGAUCAUCGUCUAGAGGACAUGGUUCUCGUCAUCGUUCAACGUCCAGAGACAGAGAUAGGCGUCAUAGUUCACAUAGAAUCGCUCACAAUUAUGAUAGAUAUGAGUCUCAUAGUUCUAGACGUGUUCCUCCUUAUAUGAAACCGCUGCAAUUUCCUUAUUAUUUCGCCGAUUAUAUGAGACCGAUAGUGAUAGACCCGGUGAUGGCUAUGCGAGCUCCAAUGCCUUAUGUUCGAGGAAGAAUGCCACCGAUGAUGGGAAUGGGAGGCCCAAUUCGUCCGAAUUUUCCACGAUUCGGGCCACCUGAAAUGAUAAGACCUUAUGGUCCACCUGGCCCACCUCAUUCGCGACCUGGAAGACUUUGACUGUUGCUCAUUUAGAAUAAGCUUAUUAUAAUUAUGCGGCUAUGUAUCGAAUUAUGCCUUGCUUAGAUAAUUUUUUAUUACUAUGGUAAACUUUAUAAAUAUUAUGGAAUUUUUGUAAUAAGAAAUGUAAUUUUUUAAAAUCUUGUAUAAUUUUAAAUACAAUUCAUCAUCUUGAAACAA